AUGCAAGUCCGCGUCGCAGCCGUGCAAGCCGAGCCCGUGUGGCUGAACCUCUCCGGCAGCGUGGACAAAACAAUCGCGCUGAUCCAGCAGAGCGCGAAGGACGGCGUGCAAGUGCUCGGUUUCCCCGAAGUGUGGAUCCCUGGGUAUCCGUGGGGUAUUUGGACGACGUCUGUGAUUGGCAAUGUCCCCAUGAUCCACGAAUACAUGGCGAACUCGCUAGUCCGCGACUCGCCGCAAAUGCGGCGCAUCCAGACCGCGGUGAAAGAGGCGGGCAUGUUCGUAGUACUGGGAUACAGCGAGCGUGACGGCGCGAGUCUGUACAUGGCACAGUCCUUCAUCUCGCCAGAGGGCGAAAUCGUGCACCACAGGCGAAAGAUCAAGCCGACGCAUGUUGAGCGAACGCUGUGGGGCGAUGGGCAGGCUGAUUCGUUGACCUGUGUUGUUCCGUCGAAGUUUGGGCGGAUUGGGGGGUUGAAUUGUUGGGAGCAUUUGCAGCCGCUUUUAAGGUACUAUGAGUACUCGCAAGGCGUACAGAUCCACGUCGCGAGUUGGCCUCCGGAGUUUGAGAUGCCAGAUCCGAAGAAAAUAGCGUGGCAGUACCAUGAGACUGGGGAAGCGAGCUACCGAGCGAGCCAGUUCAUGGCUAUUGAGGGACAGACGUUCGUGUUGGUUGCAACGCAGAUAUUGACGGAAGAGAAUUUGGAGAAGAAUAACUUGACCGGGAACCCGGUCACAAAGACUCCUGGAGGUGGCUUCUCGAUGAUCUUUGGUCCAGAUGGAAAGCCGUUAUGCGAACCGCUAGAUACUGGAGAGGAGGGCGUAUUGAUUGCGGAUAUCAAUCUUCGCGAUAUCGAUUACGCGAAAACUUUCAUAGACACGGUAGGACAUUAUGCCAGGCCAGACUUACUCAGUCUCCUAGUGAAUCCGGUUGCAGCGAAGCAUGUAACGUUGAUGAAGUAG